AUGGGCCUGUCAGAGCACGACAGCCCGCACGCACUCUCUCGUACCGCCCCACCACCUACCGGUCUCAGCGCCGAGAGCCCCGGGCGCCCGAUGACGGCAGCAUCGACAUCGGCGCAUCGCUUACCCGACCACUCGCACCUCCCGCUCCCGCCGAUGCCGCUCCUCCGGUCUGGGGCCGCUUCUACUUCUGGGCUCGCGUUGAUGCCCGCGCCGGAACGGGAGAAAGAGACCGACAAGGAGCGCGGCGACCGCGAGCGGGACCGCGAGGACGAGCCGUUCCCGGCGUGGGUCGACGGGCUGGACGUCGCGAGCCUCCCCGCAGACAUGAAGAAGGAGGGCGCGGACUGGUUCGCGGUGUGGAACCCGCGGAUUAGGCCGAGGCGGCUGGAGAGCGUGCAGUUGUUGCAUACGUUUGCGCAUGCGACAGUUGUCUGUUGUGUCCAAUUCUCCGCGGACGGACGCUAUUUGGCGACGGGCUGCAACCGCUCGGCGCAGAUAUUUGACGUCAAGACGGGCCGCAAGACGAGUGUGCUGGUCGACGACGUCAGUGGGCCGGCUGGGGACCUUUACAUUCGGAGCGUGCGGUUUAGCCCGGACGGGCGAUUUCUGGCGACGGGGGCGGAGGACCGGAAGAUACGGAUCUGGGACAUCGCGAAGGGCACCGUCGCCCAGAUAUUCUCCGGGCACACACAGGAGAUCUACUCGCUCGACUUCUCGCGCGACGGCCGGGCGGAUCGUGUCCGGCUCGGGCGACCGGACCGCGCGCGUGUGGGACAUGGGACGGCGGGCCGCCGCUCGUCCUCGCCGUCGACGAGCCCGGCGUCAGCGCGACGGCGCGCGCGCGAGGGCCCGGACGCGGGCGUCCACGAGCGUCGCGCUGUCGCCGGACGGGCGGCACGUCGCCGCGGGGUCGCUGGACAACGUGGUGAGAAUAUGGGACGCGCGGAUACGGGCGUGUUGCUCGAGAGGUUGAGGGGCCAUCGGGACAGCGUGUACAGUGUUGUUUUCACGCCGGACGGGCGGGGCGUUAUCAGCGGCAGCCUCGACAAGACGCUCAAAUACUGGGACGUCUCCGCCCUCUCCAGCGGGGGCAAGGUGAAGAAGGAGGCAGGCGUCGCGCCGGAGGGCCGCGCCGUCUGCACGCGGGACUUCCUCGGGCACAAGGACUACGUGCUCUCCGUCGCCGUCUCGCACAACGCGCAGUGGAUCGUGUCCGGCUCGAAGGACCGCGGCGUGCAGUUCUGGGACCGCGCGGGCGCGGUGCACGCGCUCCUCCAGGGGCACAAGAACUCGGUCAUCUCGAUCGACCUCAGCCCCGCCGGCGAACCUGCUCGCCACCGGGAGCGGGGACAGCUUGGCGCGGGUGUGGAGCUAUGCAUAGGAGGAGGGUAUUUGGUGUAUGCCGUAUUGGAUUGGGAAUUGACUUGA